GGUAGGUUGAACAGAGCGUACCUACAAUUCUACUCUACUCAGUCUAUCAAGGAUUUUAUCUAAGCUAUUUGUCUCUACCUUAAGAUAGAGCGGGAAGAACAGCUAGCUUGAUUUAUCAUUCAGACAUCUCUAUUUCAAGAUAUGGUUUAUCAAAGAUAGUCAACACAGAUAUUAAAUCGCGACGAUGAUUCCAGCUCGAGGAAUGGUUUACAAAUUAAUACUCCUAGAAUUGCUUUUGGUUGUAAGCUCCAAUGGUGUGUCUGAUCCAUUCACGAGAUCUUGUCCGGCGCUGCCAGACUUCACUGGACAAAGAAAUCUUGCGUUCGAAGGAGUUAUAACUAGUCUUAUACCUGAAAGAUCAGGUCAACUUACUGCUGUAGUUAGAGUAGGGAAGAUAUAUCAAGGAACGAGCGACCUCAGCUCCGUUGAAUCAAUAAGACAGAUACAGGGUGCUUAUUCCUGCAGUCAUCUACAUCGAGUUGGCGAUACGAGAAUUUGGGUUGCAAGGAGACAUUCUAGCGGUACUCUAACUGCGAAGGCUUCUUUAGCGAAUCUUCAAGAUAACGUUGAUGAAGUUCAGAAUCGUCUAAAAGGUACGGAAGGUUUUGUUGACCCAAAUAAUAGCAACAAUGGCAAUGGUGGAUCCCAGUCAUGUCAGAAUAAGCCGUGCCAGUAUGGUGGAGUAUGUCGCACUGAUGCCAAUGGUAUUAGCAGAUGUGUCUGUCUGUCCACAUGCACCAAGGAGUAUAAUCCGGUGUGUGGUAGUAAUGACAAGACUUACAACAACCCUUGUUUAUUGAAUGCUGCACAAUGUCAGACACAGAGAUCUAUCUUUAGGAGACACUAUGGACAAUGUGGUGCUUCUAACUGUGCUGGACUGAAGAAUGCUGGGAUAGCUAAGGUCGAUGGAGUCUAUUCCAUAUACCCAAACUCAAGCUGCAACAUGCCUGUUCAAGUUUACUGCCAUAACAUCAACACCCCCUUUCCUAAGGAAUACAUCACUCUGGCAGCAGGCGAGGAAGAGAACUAUGCAUUUAUUUAUCCUCGAAGACAGCGCCUUGCGCCAAUGUCAGCACGCAAUGCCUGUAACGGACCACCGGGAAAGCAAAACUAUUCCGCCGCGGGAAGGACAAAGUUCAGCAAAGUGCGCCUUGAUUUGGACAACAUGAGGAUUAUACGGGAAGAUUUCACAUUUGCUGUAAGUGAUCCUUUUGGCAAGCAGAUUCCAUAUGGUUCUGCAGGGGAUUGCUUCUCGAUGCAUAGUGGACCUUGCAGGAGAGGACACUUUAAAAUCAAUCUAUCAGGUAGUGGCUUCAGACUUGGGGCUUCUGUAAGAUGGACUGUGCGGGGAUUUCCCCCAGGUAUAGAGAUGCAGGACUACGAGAAGUCCAAGGAUGGAACUAUAGUAUCAGCGAAGUGUGGUGGAUGGUGUGGACGCUGUCAUCCUUUAGGAGAUAUGACGGUAGAGCCAAUACUCUGCUCUGACAAAAGCGCUGUGUGCGCCCAAGUGACGUGUGAGUUCCAUGGCCGCUGUGUCGAGUCAUCAGAUGGUUCCACCUACAGAUGCGUCUGUCCAACCACUUGUCCUCGAGUUAACUACCCUGUAUGUGGUAGUGAUGGCAAGACCUACGACAACGAGUGCCGUCUUCAAAAGGAAUCUUGCGAGAGAAAGAUUAGAUUAACCACUCGAAGUUCUGGCGCUUGUGGUGCACAAAAGCCAGUUCAUCUUUUCUUUGCUGUUGACGCACGCGGCAUCAACGAAGCACAAAAGCUUCAAGACAGCAAGACCUUCCUGAAAGACCUGUCGAACCGGUUUGAAAUUCCUGUCGGCGGGAUUUCACAUGCCAUGAUGUACUUUCUACCAAACGGAAGAGCUGUCUUUGAACCUUACAUAUUUACAGAUCAUUCACAAAUUCCACCAUAUAUAAACAUCAUGGAGAGUACUAAAGGAAAAGGGACCCUAGAUAAAGCCUUGAGGGACUCCGUACCUGACUUACUAAAUCGUAUUUAUAGCGAUUAUUGGUUGUACGGUAAUUACUCCAAGGUUGUUGUCUUGGUGACCGACAGUGAAAGCGUGAACGACCCGCAGAGUUUACGGGAUAUUGCACAGCCGCUCGAAAGCGCAGGAAUCAAAGUCGUCCCCGUAGUCAUUGGUGACAGGAAUGCUGUGGCGAAAAUUAGAAACUUGGCUGCGGGGAAUGAGUUCAUCGUUCCUGUUGGGUCGUCUGACCGACUCACAGAUAAUAUACCCAGAACUGUGCAGGCUAUCCUUCGAGAUCUCAACACCUGUAGAUGGAAUCAGUGUCCUUUCAAUGGACGAUGCACCGAGAGAGUUGGCCAACCCUCCAGAUGUGAGUGCGACAACCAAAUCAAUCCUGUAACGGAUUAUGUCUGCGGGACGGAUGGGAAAACGUACCGCAAUGAAAUGGCCUUGAAGACUACAGCAUGUAACACGAAGAAAAACAUCGUACUAUGGCACAAGGGCGCAUGCGCUGUUGAAGCUACUUGUGAGCGCCAGGUUUGUCGUUAUUACUCGUAUUGCACUGUGGGUCGUAAUGGUGCGGUAUGUGUGUGUCCCGAUCCUUCAACGUGCAGUCCCGUGAAAUCCCGCGUGUGCGGGACAGAUGGAAUCACGUACGAUAAUGCAUGCAGAUUAAGAGCAGAAACAUGCAGACGAUACCAAAAUGUGGUGGUACUACACUCUGGAUAUUGCAUACAGCAACCUAUGGAUUUGAUCUUUGCAUUCGGUGGAUCUGGUGCCAUUUCACAGGACACUUUCAAUCGUCAAAAGGAAUACAUCAAAUCAUUUAUCGACAGCUACGGCACAUCACACGCUGGUAUCCGAAUAGCCCUGGUGAACUAUGGCACGCAACAGAUCCUCACUCGCUUUAACAACUUCAAUGGCGAUAAUAUCAAGAGAAUAGUCGACAACGCAGUACUCAGGAUGGGAGGGACAGUAGAUAGUGCGUUCCGUCGUUCUUUAUUACUGUUUGUUGAUUCAAGGAUUGUCAGACCAAAUGCAAUCAAAGGGUUGGUUAUCUUGAGUGGAGAUCGCAUCUUCGAGAAUGGGAACGCUUUGAGAUUAACGUCAAAUCCUCUAAGGAACAGUGGGGUGAAGGUGAUUUCUAUUGGCGUUGGAAGUAAUCCCGACAAAUUGGUUCCAAGGGAGUUUGCUUCUGGGGAAGAGUUUAUCUUUACGUUUGAUAAGACGAAAGAACUGUCUGCUGUUGUGCCUGGGUCGUACAUUUCUCUCAUGAAAGACCCGUGCAAGAAAGUGACCUGUCGACACUAUGGUCGUUGUGUUUGGUACUAUGAUGGUCGCACCAAGUGUCAGUGUCGUGAUCAGUGUCCCCGUGUCGAUGAGCCCGUGUGUGGUAGUGACGGACAGGACUAUCCUAACCGAUGUCUGCUCGAGUCCGGUGCUUGUAAGAAGAAGAGGGAUGUUAAAAUGUGGAACAAGGGGCGCUGUGGAGCUUGCUCCAGACCCAUGGACGUCGGUGUCAUCCUCGCCUCUUCACGCAGCAUCGGUUGGUCAAACUACCAAUACAUCAAACAAGAACUUGCCAACCUCAUCGAAUACUUUAACAUCUCCCACAGUGACACAAGAUUCGGCUUCAUUCAUUACAAUGAACAACCCUUCCUCGAUUUCACCUUCAAUAACCCAGCCAAUACCGCGGCUGGAAAACUUAAAAGGAAGAUCUUCAACAUCCCGUAUUCUCCAGGUUUACCAAGGACAGACAUCGCCCUGGCCGAGGCUUCAAAGGCACUGUUUCGUGCUAAAGGAGGAGCGAGGAAAAAUGUCCCAAAAGUGUUGCUGAUUGUUACUGAUACUGACGCAGGGUCACAACCGUAUUCUAAGGUCCUUGAACAGCUCAAGGACCAGCAAGUCACGCCUAUUGUUGUUGGUCUUGGUCGUAGAAUAUCCAACAAAGAACUAAGUGAAUUGUCAUUGAAUAAAAACAGAAAUGUAUUGAGAAUAUUAUCUUACUCUGGUCAGCCGAGUAAAAUGCGAAGCCUUGCGCACAUCCUGUGUGAAGAAGGUGUUUCCAAAGAUCCUGUCAACCUUGCAUUCGCUAUCAACGCCAAUGGCCGAUACGCAUCGGACUCAUUCAACCGCAUGACAGACAUUGUGGGCUCAAUAAUCGAUUCGUACGGCAGCCGUAAACUACACUACGGACUCAUUGUCUACGGGAACACUGCUCGUACCGUCAUCCGUUUCGGCGACAGCUUUGCUUCUGAUGAAAGAUUAAGGAACUCGGUAAAGCAGCUUCGAGGUAGCGGACAAGGAGCAAACCUCGCCUCAGGCCUCCUCGAGGCUAAUCGUCUCUUCAGUGGUCCUCGAGCCAAGGGUAGUGACGUCCUUGUAGUAAUUACUGAUAGCCAAUCACAAAGCAGCAGAGACGACGUUGAAAGGGCUUCCAGGGACCUUCAGAAACGGGGUGUCAGAAUCGUGACGGUUGUCAUGGGAACAGAGGUGGAUCCGGAAGGUGUGAGGCCACUUUCUCCUCACUUUAACAACACUGUGGUGGAUAAGGGGGAUGAAAGCCCUAAACAAGUUGGCGAUAAAGUGAUAAAACACGCAACUAAAGAUUCAAAAGUACCCAUGGUUGAUAUAGUCUUCGCUCUCAGUGCUACAGCAGCAGAAUCAAGUGCAAACUUCAAGCAAAUGAAGGCAGUUUUUAAUUCCAUCAUUGACCGUUACGGGCGAGGCCGUAUUCUGUACAGUGUGGUGGUUUAUGGCCGCGACUCGCAGACUUUGGUUAAGUUUAACGAUCAGUUUUUAACUGACGAGCGACUCAAGCAGUUCAUCAGGACCCUUGUGCCCAAAACCGGUGGUUCUGACGUGAACAAGGCGUUUGAGGAAGGCAAAAGACUGUUUGAAAGUGAAGGAGCAAGAUCUGACGCUCAGAAGGUAUUUGUGGUAUUCACGGACAGACGAUCCACCAGUGAUGACCAUCAGGCCCAGUCUUCUGCGAAAGAUCUAAGAAAAAGCAACAUAAAGAUCAUAACAGUUGCCCUUGGUAACGACGCAGACGAGCAGGAGCUUGGUAACUACGCCACUAAUGAAGACCAUCGCAUGAGAGCCAAGAACUCUGAAGAUCCACUAGGACUGGGGAUCAAGAUCAUGGAACUGGCAUUCAAAAGAGUUCCAAAGGUACCUCUGUUAGAUCUUGCAUUUGCCAUCAGCGCAUCUGCAGUCAAAGCAGAUCCGAAUUUCUAUUUGAUAAAACAAACGUUGAAUCACAUCGUGAAGACAUAUGGCAUCGAUAACAUUCGCUACAGUAUCAUCACCUUUGGGUCAACACCUUCAGUACUCGUGACCUUCAACGACACAUUCCCGAACCCCCUCGCGUUACGAAGGAUUAUCGAUUCAAGUAGAAGACAAUACGAUAGGCCUUCACUGCAUCGAACGCUGGACGCUGCGAGGAGACUGUUUGAUGAAAAUGCGCGACUUAAUGCACGCAAGGUCCUGGUCAUAAUUGCUGAUAAAGGCUCCUCAAGUAGUGACUUUGACAUCAGGACCUCAUUCAACAGGAUUAAGGAUGCUGAUAUACGAGUGAUUCCAGUACCUCUUGGAGCAGAGGCUGAUAAGAACCAGAUGCUAAAAACAACGCAAAGCCCUUCUAGUUUGAUUGAAGCCAAGGAGACGGAACAACCUGACAUUCUUGGUGACAGGAUCAUGGGAAAAGUACUAGCAGGUCCAGCUGCUCUACCCAUGAAGGCUUUAGAUAUCGUAUUCGGAUUAAACGCAGGAAGCACCGACCCUGACACUACCUACCAGCUGAUGAAAUCAACCAUCAAAUCUAUUAUCGAUGAUUAUGGCAUCGGUAAAAUAGACUAUAGUGUCUUUACGUACGGUUCUAGUGCAACCACUGCCAUCAGGUUCAGAGAGACGUUUCCUAGUGCUAGUGACAUUAAAGGGUUUAUCGAGACCAUCCCUAGAAGUCGUGGACAGCCUGCUUUAGACGAAGCCAUGAGACAUGCUAAGAAUUUAUUUGAUGGUUCUGACGUCAGAGCACAUUCUACCAAGGUGCUAGUCAUUAUGAGUGACAAGAGAUCUGGGGUGAGAAAAGAGAACAUCCGGUCAGCAGCUAAGCCCUUGGAACAAGAUGGCAUACAUGUUAUCCCUGUUGCUAUUGGUAACGAGGCUGACGCUACUGAGCUUGGUGUUAUUACGUCGAACCCGAAGAAAGUCAUCACGAGUCCAAAGACCAAGGAUCCUAAAACCCUUGGCAAGGAAAUUAUGGACAGAAUAUUUAAGGAUACUACGAAGAGUCUCCCCGAGAUCGAUCUGGCUUUCUCCAUCAGUAUUGCCUCACCAAAUGCAGAAUCGACAUUCACGAACAUGAAAGAGACAAUCAAGUGGAUUAUAGACAAUUAUGGCACCGAUAAGAUACAUUAUAGUGUUAUUAUUUAUGGCGCAAGAGUCAUUGAAUUUAGAGACAUCGAGAAUUUCCCAAGCGUGACAGCUUUAAAGAGUUUCAUCGACAGAAUGUCACGGAGGACGAUCGCCACACCACUGAACACCGCCCUCCAAGCAGGAAUCGACGCAUUCAAUUCUCCCGAUGCUCGACCCAGUGCACGGAAGAUUUUGGUUGUGAUCAUGGACCAUAGUGCUGGGGCGAGUGUCGAGGAGGUCACCAGUGCUGCGCGACCUCUGGAGGCUAAAGGAAUCAAGGUGAUACCAGUUGCCCUUGGCAACGAUGCUGAACCAAAUAUCAUGACUAGUAGUACUCCUAAUAGGGAUAAUCUCAUCACUUCGCCUAAGAACGAGAACCAUGUUGUUCUUGGUAAGAAGAUCAUGGAAAAGGUCUUGAAAGAUAAAAUACCAAAGAUUGACCUCGCAUUCGCUAUAAGCGCAGCGACGACCGAUGCAGAUAGUACCUUCCGUCUAAUGCAAGACACCAUCAAAUCUGUAGUCACCAAGUACGGUGCCAGGGACGUUCAGUACAGUAUCAUCAUAUUUGGCUCUGUGCCUGUCGUUCAACUUCGUUUCGGAUCAUUUGUUGGGGACAGCAGCCGACUAAAGAGAUUUGUGGAUAACAUACCAAGACAACGAGGUAUUCCUGCUUUGGACAAGGCGCUGCAGAAAGGGCAGGAAGUGUUCAAAGAUCCAGGUGCCAGAAAGGAUGCCAAAAAGGUUUUGGUCGUCAUUAUUGACAAGAAAUCUUUAAGCACCGAAGAUGACGUAAGUCGUGAAGCAAAAACAUUAGAAAGUGAUAAGAUCCAUGUCAUUCCUGUUGCUAUUGGUAACGAAGCUGACAGAAACGAACUUGAACAAACAACCGCCGACCGAAAUAACUUGAUUACGGCUCCGACAAGCGAAGACCCGGAUGUACUUGCUGACAAAAUUAUGGGAAUUGCUGUCUCGGCGAAAAGCAAGUCCUGUGACGUGGAUGUCUUGUUCGCCAUCAGUGCCGUCUCACGUGACUCAACAAGAAUAUUUUCUCUCAUGAAAGACUCCAUCAAUUCCAUUAUCGACCAAUACGGGACAAGUCGUCUACGAUACGGUCUCAUAGUUUUUGAUUCAUCAGCGUCCACUAAGUUAGCCUUCUCGAGCCAAGUAGUCGAUAAAGAUGCGCUCAAACGCCUUAUUGACAAUACAAGGACAGGUAUAAAUGGUGGACCCGCCCUGGAUCUGGCGUUGAUUGAAGCCAAGAAGGUUUUUGAUGGAUCUGGUGUCAGAUCUAAUGCUAGAAAGGUCUUAGUUGUGAUGAUGGACCAUGGUUCUGCACUCGGCCCAAGCGUGAUUCGCUCCGCAACUCGACCUUUAGAAGCAGCAAAAGUCGAGAUUAUAGGCGUUGCCAUAGGAGAUACAGCAAGCAGGUCCGAGCUCUCGACAUCUGUUGUAACAUCCAGUACAAAUCUUAUUAACGUGCCGGGUACCGAGAAUGCUGUGAAACUGGGGAGCGAGAUAAUGACUAGGAUUUAUCCAGAUAUACCCCAAGACAUUGACUUGGCUUUUGCUAUCAGCGCUUCGUCACGUGACGCAGACAGUAUAUACUCAUUGAUAAAGGACACCAUUCAAUCCAUAAUAGACUCAUGUGGACGGGAGAGAAUACGUUACAGCCUCAUUAUCUUCGGUUCUCAACCAUCCACACGGAUAAGCUUCGCGGAAAACAUGCCUGAACCAGACAAACUUAAGAAUUUUGUCAGGAACCUUCCGAGAAGAUCUGGAGCUCCAGCUAUUAAUAGAGCGAUGCAGGAAGCAUUGCGGUUAUUUGAAGGACAAGGUGUGCGUCCAAACGCUCGCAAAGCCCUCGUAGUAAUCGUAGACAGACGUUCAGGUGCCAGCGAGGCUGAUAUCAAGGCUGCAGCAUUACCACUGGAAAGAAACAACAUUAGAGUCGUUCCAGUUGCGAUCGGACCUGAAGCUAACCCAGGCGAAUUGCUAGUGACCACUCCAGAGAAAGACAACUUGAUACAGGCUGCCAAGACAGACAGACCAGAUGACCUGGGAAAAAAGAUUAUGGUCGUGGUAUUGAAAGAUAAACCACAAAUCCCCAAGAUCGACCUUGCCUUAGCAGUCACUGCAACUGCCACUGAUGCUGAUCGAACCUUCCAACUCACAAAAGAUGCUAUCAAAUCGAUUAUUGAUCGCUACGGGAUCGGUGCUCUUCGAUACAGCUUCAUCAUCUACUCCGACGAAGCAUCGAUGAAAACGAAUUUCCAAGACAACUAUACAGCGGAUCAACUAAAGAAGUUUAUUAGUGCGGCAGCACGGAUGCAAGGUGGCUCUUCAUUGGACAAGGCGCUUCAGGAGGGACGUAAAGUCCUCCAGGGGCCUGGGGCUCGUUCAGACGCCCAUAAAGUACUGGUUGUUGUGACAGAUAAGAACUCUAAUGUCCCGGAUUCUGAUUUGAGGAAUGCUGCUAAACGCCUUGAAAAUGAGGGUAUAGUUGUGGUACCGGUAGGCAUUGGGAAUGAAGUCAAUGUGAAUGAGCUGGAGAAAGCUACGAAAGAUAACCGCAAUGUCCUGACAGCUGAUAGAACUGAUGACCCAAACGACUUGGGCGGAAGGAUUAUUGAUCGAGUACUUCAAGCGAUCAAGAGAGUACCAAAGAUAGACCUUACCUUCGCGAUAAGCGCCACAUCAGCCCUGUCCUACCGUACCUUCUCCCUCAUGAAAAACACUAUCAACUCUAUCAUCGACACUUAUGGCACAGAUGCUCUUCACUACAGCAUCAUCGUAUACGGCUCAGACGCCACGAUACAUAGGAACUUUGCUGACAAAAUUCCGGAUGCCGAAUCUCUAAAACAACUGGUAAGAGCCUUGCCUGUGAAGAGAGGAGGCUCCUCUCUCGAUAAAGCGUUGGAAAAGGCCAAACAGGUAUACGAAGGUUUUGGUGUCCGACCCGAUGCCGAGAAAAUUUUAGUGGUGAUCACGGAUAAAGAUUCAGGGCUAACGCCUAGCGAGGUUAAAGUCGCUGCAAAGCGUUUACAAAAGAAUGGGAUUCAUGUUAUACCAGUGGGUAUUGGUAGUGAAGUGAACCCUGACAAACUUGGUGAUGUGUCGUCUUACUAUAAAGUGAUUGCUGCCCCGGAAGAUGAAGAUCCUGAUAUGUUGGCACAAGAAAUCAUGAAACGUGCUUUGAAAGGCUCGAAAGUCCCAGAAAUGGACCUGAUGUUCGCCAUCUCAUCAACUGCAGCCAAAGCAGACGACACAUUCUCUCGUAUGAAAGACAUCCUCAAAUACAUCUACAAUGAGUAUGGUUACGCCAAGACUAGAUUCAGUAUCAUAGUGUUCGCAGAUACUGUCACUACUGUACUGGACUUUAGGCAGAAUGCUGCCUACCAAGAUAACAAGAUGAUCAAGAUGAUCAGCACUAUUCCCAGGUCACGAGGAAAGAGUAAUUUGAAUGCCGCUCUCGCUGCAGCUGCUAGAGGAUUCGAUAACUCGCCGAGUCAGCCCGGAACAAGAAAGGUUCUUGUGAUCAUAACUGACAAGGCAUCAGGUCACAGUAACGCUGCCAUCAAACGAGAAGCCAAACCGCUAGAAGAUAAGAAAGUACUAGUCAUCCCUGUUGCUGUAGGCAACGAAGCCAGUGUCCCUGAACUAGAACAGACGACACCAAACAAUAAGAAUAUCAUCCAGACAACAAGAGAUCUAGAGCCAGGGAAAACAGGACGGGAUAUCAUGGACGUGAUUGAAAAAGGACUUAAAAAGGGGGUGCCGGAAAUAGACAUGGCCUUUGCAAUCUCAGCGACCUCCAGUCUUGCAGACCAAACCUUUAGACUCAUGAAAGAUACUAUCAAUACCAUUGUUAAAGACUACGGCACGGAUAAGAUUCAUUACAGUCUGAUAAUCUAUGGAGCGACCCCAACCACCAAGGUGUCUUUUGAUUCCCAGAUAUCAGAUCCACAGUCACUGAAGGUAUUUAUCGAUCGUUUACCACGUGACUCAAGUGGCGCGCUCAUCAACAAAGCCCUAGAGGAAGCCAUUAAAGUGUUCCAAAGCCCGGGCGUCCGCCCAAAUGCUAAGAAGGUUCUCGUAGUAAUAACUGAUCGCCGCUCAGGGGUCAGUAAAGGUGACAUACAGAAUGUAGCACGACCCUUAUCCAAUGCCGGCAUAGAAGUCAUCCCCGUUGCUAUUGGUAACGAAGUAACAAAAGAUGAGAUUGGAGCUGCAACAGACGACGAGGAUAACGUGAUUGGGGUCCCUACCACAGAGACGCCGGAAGGCCUUGCCAAGAAAAUCAUGGAAAAAGGCUUGAAACCUGUCAAGCCAAAAGUACCGGAACUGGACCUCGCGUUUGCACUCACAGCCACUUCCGGUGACGGCGAGGAAAUUUACAACCUCAUGAAAUCAACCAUCAAGUCUAUCAUCACAAACUACGGCGAGGAUAAGAUACAAUAUGGCCUCAUUCACUACGGGAGCUUUGCUGCUACGAAGAUCAGUUUUGGUGACUCUUUCCCAUCUACCGACAAAUUGAAAUUGUACAUCGAUGCUUUGCCCCGGUAUACUGGAGGUGUAGCGGUCAAUCUUGCACUACAGCAUGCUGAUCGACUUUUUAAAAGCUCCAAGGCAAGACCUGCAGCCAAGAAGGUUCUUGUUGUGAUGACAGAUAAUACAUCUGGAAGAACCACUCAGGAAAUACAAACUGCCACGAAGCCUCUACAGGAUGCUGGGAUAAAUAUCAUUGCUGUUGCUAUUGGUAACCAAGUGGGUCAGCCAGAACUAAAAGCGCUAACUGAGGACGAAGAGAAGAUUCUGCCAUCAACAAAAGACGAUAAUCCAGACGAACUUGGUAACAGGAUAAUGAAGAAAAUACUUGAAGGUGCAACUAAAAUACCCAAGGUAGACCUUGCGUUCGCCAUCUCUGGCACUUCCCAAAAUGCUGAUGGUACUUACAGACUAAUGAGAGAUGCGAUCAAGUCCAUUGCUCAGGAAUACGGCACCAACAAGAUUCACUAUGGACUUAUAGUCUUCAGUGAUUCGGCAUCAAUCAAAAUACGGUUUUCUGAUGUUUAUCCCUCAAUCGCAAGACUUAAGGCAUUCCUUGAUGGAAUCCCGCGGAGCACUGGUCGUACUGCAGCACUAGACGUUGCUCUACAAAGAGCAAGGCAGCUCUUCUCAGGUCCUGGGGCUCGUCCAGAUGCCAAGAACGUCUUGGUAGUCAUAACUGAUAAGGAUUCUGGGCUGAGCGAAAACACGAUCAAAUCUUCAGCCAAACCUCUACAUCAGAGCGAUGUGCGAAUCAUCGCUUUUUCGAUUGGCAGCGAGGGGAACUCUAAGGAACUACAGAACCUUACACCGUAUGAAGAUGAUGUGAAGAAAGUCACGGUAAAUGAAGAUCCGAAGAAUCUGGCAGAAGAAAUUAUGAAAAUGGUUCUUAGAGAUCGUCCUCCCGUGAGAGACGAGCUUGACCUUGCCUUUGCCAUCAGCGCAACUGCAGCAAAUGCAGACGACACGUUCCAAAGAAUAAAACAAACUCUCAAGAUGUUAGUCGAUAACUACGGUACCGAGCGAGUGCUCUACAGCGUCACAGUCUUCGAUGAGAGUCCUCUACGACUUAUUCGGUUCAAUGAUAAGUUCCCUACUGCUAGAUUAAAGCGAUACAUUGAUCUGCUCCAAAGAAGAACAGGAACACCAAACCUGGAAAGAGCCCUCCAAGACGCUGAGUAUGUGUUCAAUUCACCUGGUGCUCGUCCUCACGCCAAGAAGGUCUUAGUGGUGGUCGUGGAUAAAAGUUAUUCCCGAGAUCGACUUGGCAUUUGCUCUCAGCUCGACCUCCGCUUCAUCAGCCGAAACCUACCAAUUAAUGAAAGACACAAUCAAUACGAUAAUCAAAGAACAUGGAAUUGAACGAAUUCAUUACAGCAUCAUCGUCUUUGGCGCCACACCUAAAACAUUUGUUCGGUUUUCCGAAACGUUUCCGAACGCUCAACGACUGAGGGAUCACAUCAGUUCUCUGCCGAGACGGGACGGCGGACCUUCCAUUGAUGAAGCCUUGAAACAAGCUCGCCAGUUAUUUUUGAGUUCCUCUGUGAGGCCAAGUGCGAAGAAAAUUCUGGUGGUUAUAGCUGAUAGGGGAUCUGGACUUGGCAAAGACGUGUUGAUUAAAGCUAGUGAGCCACUGGAUCAGGAUGGGGUCAGAGUGAUCCCUAUCGCCAUCGGUAACGAAGCCGAUCCUAACGAGCUGCCAAAUAUCACUCCAAAUGCAGGCGAUCUCAUCAUAGUCCCUAAGACUGAGGAUCCUUUGAAACUGGCGGAGAAAAUCAUCCAAAAGAUACUUAAAGAGCCUCGCAGGAUCCCCAAAGUAGAUCUUGCCUUUGCCAUAAGUGCAGCAUCGUCCAAUGCAGAUGCAGCUCUCCAACACAUGAAGGACAUCAUUAAGAGUGUUGUAACCCGAUACGGAGCCAAUCGUAUUCGUUAUGCCCUGAUGACCUUUCAAGAUGAUGCUAAUAUAAUAAUCUCAUUCAAGGAGAAGAUAACCGAGCCAUCGUCACUCAUUCCAUUCAUCGACGUGUUGCCAAAGAGUUCUGGAGGUUCAUCGAUUGGGAAAGCUUUAGAAGAAGGCAGAAAACUAUUCGAAAGUGACGCCGUGAGGCCAGACGCCCAAAAAGUUCUGGUCCUGAUCACUGACAAGAAAUCAUCUGGAGAUUCCUCACGUGCAGCACUAGCCAAGAAAGAGAUAGAGGAGAACGAAGUUGAACUUAUAGUUGUGGGUGUUGGCGAUGAAGUCGAUAAGAAGGAACUGGUUGAUACAGCGACGUCUCCCCAUCAUAAAAUAGACUCGUCCAGUGAUGAUGAUCCUGAUGAUACAGCUGAUAGGAUUAUCGAUGUUAUUAAUAAAGAUCCGAUGGAGUUUGCAGCAGUUGAUCUUGGAUUUGCCAUCAGCUCCACAUCCAUUGACGCUUCAACCACUUUUACUUUAAUGAAAGAUACCAUCAAAUCUAUCGUCUCGGCCUACAGCACCAAGAACAUUCGCUAUGGAAUAAUCGUAUUCGGCGAUCAGCCUUACAAGGUCUUAGAUUUUGGAGAGGCCUUACCGAGCAAGGACAUACUGACCAUGAAAAUCGAUUCCAUACGACGACGUUCUGGUGAUCCAGAUCUUAUAGGAACCAUGCGAGCUGCGAAAACGAUGUUCGAAGGGAGAGGUGCUCGCCCCUACGCGAAGAAAAUUCUUGUAGUUAUUGUGGAUAACGAUGCUCAACAACGAAGAAGCCAGAUUAAUCUAGCUGCGAAGCCUUUAGAGUAUUUAGGAAUUCGUGUAAUUCCGGUUGCUGUUGGAAGAUACGCUGAGCCCCAGCAGCUCGAGAGUACCACGCCCUUGAAGGAUAAUAUAAUGGUGAUUCCCAAGACUGAAGACCCGAAAAUGUUUGGCAGAAAGAUUGUUGAAAAAGUCAAGAAAAAUUUGAUGAUCCCGUUAAUACCGGAAGUAGAUCUUGUCUUCGCGAUCAGUGCAGCUGCAACAGACUCGGAAAGGAACUUCCAGCAAAUGAAGUCCGUUGUAAACUCCAUAAUCAGUACAUACAGUAUGGAAUGGAUUCGGUAUGGUGUGAUAUUGUUUGGUUCAGACGCCACCGUACGUUUUAAUAUGAAUAAUUUCUUACCUACUGAUGCAGUCCUCAAGAGUCUUAUCGCUGGUUUGCCUAAACCUUCAGGAACUCCUGCAGUAGAUAAGGCUCUUGAUGAAGCAAAACGUUUGUUUGAUCAAACACCUGACCGCCCUAAAGCAAGGAAAGUCUUGGUGGUUUUGAUAGACAAAAAGUCUGGUAACACACCUGGCCAAAUCAUACGAGCAGCGAGACCCUUGGAAGAAGAUAUGGUAAAAGUAAUCCCUGUUGCCAUUGGCAACGAGGCAGAUAUGGACGAGCUGGAAUACGUGACACCCGAGAAAAACAAUGUCUUGAAAGAAAACAAGGGAGAGAGUCCUGAGAGACUGGGCAAAAGAAUUAUGGUUAAAGUGUUUAAAAAGUUUAUCCAGGUUCCGGAAGUCGACAUCGCAUUUGCCAUUCAGGCAUCAACCUCUGAUGCUGAUGCUACCUUUUCCAAAAUCAAGAAAACGAUCAAGAUGAUUAUAGACCAGUAUGGUUCGAAAAAAAUCCAUUACGCGGUCAUCGUUUAUUCCAACACUGCCACAACAAAGCUGAAUUUCGACGAGCGUGACCAACUUGUUGAUGACAAGGAGCUUAAGAACCUUAUUGAUACCAUACCUAGAGUUACAGGUCCACCGUCAGUGAUCGCAGCCAUUGAAGAAGCGAAAAAGUUGUUUGAGAGUUCCGCAGCUCGACCACAAGCUCACAAGGUUCUUGUCAUAAUGCAUGAUCGACAAUCUACCGAUGAUUUGAAUGACGUCAAAGAUAAAUCACGUGACUUGGAGGAUAAUGGCAUCGAGGUGAUCCCGGUGGGGAUUGGUAACCAAGUUAAUCCGGUUGAAAUAUCUACCAUGACGCCACACUCUGAUAAUACCAUCAAAACCGGCAAACCCUUCGACGCUGGAAUCCUUGCUGAGGAGAUUAUGAAGAGAGCAUUGAAAGUUCGUCCUAAGAUACCACGUGUUGACCUCGUCUUCACCAUUAGCGCUGACUCCGCAAACUCAGCCCAAACCUUCCAGUACAUGAAGAACAUCAUCAAAUACAUCAUUGACAAAUAUGGCACGAGUAGAAUCCACUACAGUCUUGUCAUCUUUGGCAGCGAACCAUCCGUCAAGAUAUCCUUCCAAGAACGCAUGACAAAUCCACAGCAAUUGAAGACUUUGUUGGACAGAGCGCCAAGGAGUUCGUUUGGCUCGAACCUUGAAAAAGCCAUCAGCGAGACCAAAAAGUUGCUUAAUAGUGAUGCUGUGAGACCAGAUGCACGUAAAGUAGCGGUCAUCAUGACAGAUGUAAGGUCUACCGGUAAUAAGGAAAAUGCUAAGGUUGCAGCCAGAGACUUGGAAGAUAACGGCAUUGAGGUAAUCACUGUGGCUAUCGAAGGCGAAGCUGAUAAAGAAGAGCUGAUAGAUGUGACACCCAAGAAGGACAAUGCAUUGAACACUACCAUUCCCGAUGGCGUGCAGAAGAUUGGAGAUGAAAUCAUGAAUCGUGUUAAACAGGAUCCCUUGGAGACCGUCGAGAUUGACCUAGGGUUUGCAAUCAGCGCCACAUCAGUCCAGGCACCAACAAUAUUCAAACUUAUGAAAGAUACACUGAAAACAAUCGUUGAUAUGUACGGCACCGACAACAUCCAUUACAGUGUCGUCGUCUUCGGCAGCCGGCCCAUCUUAGUGACAAGCUUUAGCAGUGCAUUCCUGGACAAAGACACUCUGAUACGCCAACUGGAACGAAUGGCAAGCAGCUCUGGAGUCCCUGAUUUGAAGGCUGCCUUACAAAUGUCGCGAGUCACUUUCCAAGGCGCUGGGUCCCGCGAGAAAGCGAGGAAAAUUCUGGUAGUGAUAAUGGAUAACAAGUCGGGUAAUUCUAAAGAGGAUGUUGUUAAUACUGCAAAGUAUUUGGAAGACGAAACCAUACAAGUGAUUCCAGUCGCUGUUGGUCAGUAUGCCAAUCCCAAUGAACUCGUCGAAACAACACCUCUGAAGAGCACAUUGAUUAAAGUGCCAAGUUCUGAACGUCCUAAACCUCUAGCUAAAAAGAUUAUGGAUAAGAUAAGAGAAAAUCUCGAGCCCGUCAACGUCCCAGAAGCUGAUCUUGUCUUCGCAAUCAGUGCUGCUUCCGCCUACUCUAACUCUAACUUCAACAAGAUGCGAAACAUCAUCAAGUCAAUGAUCGACAAAUAUUCCAUGGGGAAGAUGCGGUAUGCAGUGGUAGCCUAUGGAUCGUCGGCUCUAAAGAGACUGGAAUUCAGGGAUCGCUUUAAUGAUGAUGACGAUCUCAAGACUUUCGUUGAUUCUAUUCUUCCUGUUGGAGGAUCCCCGAAUCUUGAAGUUGCUUUGCAAACAGGAAAGAGUGUUUUCCAGGAAGAUAACAAAAGGCCAAAUGCUCGCAAGGUUCUUAUCAUUCUCACUGAUAAGCGAUCCACCAACACACCACAAGAGAUUGAAGUAGCAGCCAACCCUCUAGAAACGUCUAAGAUUAGAGUAGUUUCGGUAGCCCUUGGAAACGAAGUGAAUGGCCAAGAACUCGAGAAGACUACCCCAGAGAAAGGAAACGUGAUCUCAGCCGCAAGGGACGAUGAACCAGAAGCAAUCAGAGAUGAAAUUGCUAGAGUUGCUUUCAAAGUUGCUCCGAUGGUACCAAAUAUGGAUCUUGGGUUUGCGAUGACCGCGGGCUCAGCUGAUGCAGACGAAACCUUUAUCCUCAUGAAAAACACCAUUAAAUCAAUCAUUGACCUUCACGGACAAAAACGACUCCAUUUCGCCUUUAUCGUAUUCGGAGACUCGCCGACCACUCGUCUUAACUUCGGAGAUUCUGUUCCUACAGACUCGGAACUAAAGAAAAUGAUCGAUAGAAUUCCUAGGGUCAGUGGAUCCCCUGAUAUGGCCAAAGGUCUAGAAGAGGCAAAGAAAGUGUUCCUGAAAUCUGGAACGCGCCCGAAUGCUGAAAAAGUGCUGGUGGUCAUGGCUGAUCGAAAGUCUAUCAAUACCCCGGGAGAACUAGAAGAGAAAGUCGACGCUCUUCAGGGAAGAGAUGUGCAGGUUAUUCCAGUCCUUGUAGGCAGAUACGUCGAUCUGAAUGAAAGUAAACUUCUAGCACCCAAAGAAGGGGAUGUUAUUAAGGCAAGAAAAAAUGAGGAUCCGAAAGAUUUGGGUGUUCAAAUCAUCAAGGUCGCUCUCAGAGGUCCUCUGAAGGUUCCCAAACUUGACCUGGUAUUUGCAAUCAGUGCAGAUAUCACCGCUGCUGAUGAUACUUACGGCUUCAUGAAGCGAAUCAUCAAGAGUGUUAUCAAAAAAUACGGCACUUCCAGUAUUCAUUAUGGUCUCUUGGUCUAUGGGGACACGCCGUCAAUCAAAAUCAGUUUCCAUGACGAUCAGCGAAAUCCUAAAAAACUUAUCAGGUUAAUGGAAUCCGCGCCAGCGAGUUUGGGUGGUUCUGAUUUAAACAAGGCUCUAAAAGAAGUUCGUAAUAUGUUCGAGAGUAGAGCUGCUCGUGCUGAUGCUAUCAAAGGUCUUGUGAUCAUGACAGACAGACAGUCGGAGAGUCCAGCGACUGCUGUCAAGAAAGCAGCCAAGGCUCUUGCAGACAAGGGUGUCAAGAUAUUUGCAGUGGCCGUAGGACCUCGCGUUGAUACUGGCAUCUUGAAGAAGAAAAUACCAGACGCACCGGUCAAAAAUACAACCACUACCACUGAUCCUGGCGACAUUGGUGAUAAAAUCAUUGAAAAACUUGGCAAAG